UGUACUUCUCAUCUUAAUCAGAUAAUGAUUUUAACAGUGAAAAUAAUAAGUAUUAUUUACUUAUUAACAGCCUAUACAAAUGCCGCUGUGUUGUCUACUUUUCAACCAGAAAAUGAACAUUCAUCUAUACAAAUAAGAAAUCGUGAAACAAGUAAAGAAGCAUUUUACAAUCUUGACCACUAUACACGCAGCAAUCGGAAAAUGCCUAGAAUACGUCAUACUUUUAAACCAUCAAUAUAUCUUACUCAAACAGAUAAUGCCAUCAAAGCAGUGACAGAUAAUUAUCAAAAAAGAACAAACUCUGUCAUGGUCUACACAUCCAAACCUACUCAAAUAGAUAAAAGCAUCAACUCAGCUAGAGAUGAUUUUCAAAGGAAAGAGGAUUAUUUAAGUGAUUAAACAGUUGAACUUAUUAAAACAACUACAUAAAUAACGAUCAUUGAGAAAUUCAAUCAUCAUACUAUUUGA